GACAACUGCAGCCCUUUCUACACGCUCUUACUGACCGACAACCCUCCGAGAAGACUCUCAGCAACAGUCAACUAACUAUCAAAGUUUCAUGCUCUCGACAUUUUGGCGACCCGAUAACAACAAUCGUGCCUACGACGGAUACAUGGCCAUUUGACACCGCAAGUCAUGGCGGGCACUACUUUCUUGUCCCUGCCGAACGAGCUCAUCUGUAUGAUCGCCAAUUUUUGUCAAGAUACACAGGACGCCUACCUUCUCUGUUUUGUAAACCAGAGAAUACUCCCGUCAGCUCAACGUGCUCUAUAUCGCACCAUCAUAUUUUGGCCCGCGCAUUACAAUCAAGUUGUAAUCCUCAUUCGAACGCUGGUUGAGAACCCACAUCUGCGUGGUUUGGUCCGUGGACUGGUCAUCUUUCAGGGCGCGGACAUUUACUACGACGUACGCAAGAUGAAAACGCCUACCAAUCUCGCCUUUUGGCACAAUUCGAAACUCGACGAAAGCAGGCUUUCGGGCAACGAGAGGCAUAUUCUACUAUUAUGCAGACAGUACAUGGGAUUGAAUCCGCUGAGCAUGCCACUCAUCGUGGGGUUGAUGCUUGGCCUAUUGCUCUGCUUCGUCAACAGGAUCGAAUUCCUGGAAAUUACUCAAGUGGAAUUCGGUCCCAGAACUCAUGACUGGCAACUGGCAGGAUUCAAGUCCAUUCUGGCGCUUGCUACUUCAAGUCUCCCCACCGAAGCGGCGAAGCCAAGGGUCUGUCCCGAACUCAAGCGGCUUUCUUUAGUCCCUAGCUAGAAGCACUCACAAACUGCUUCAGUUUCUGGCCGGAGUUUCAAUUCUCUGGCAUACUUCUUCGCCCACCCAACUCUUGCAAAGUUCACUUCCUCGUACGAUCUUGGCUACCCGAGUCUUUUCCGCCUGUUCAAUGAUGAAACAACUUUUCCCUUGAAGCAACUCGAUCUUCGGCGCACGAGAUUCAAUGCUGCAACUCUCAGCAAAGCCCUACGGCGAUUCACGAAGCUCACGCAUCUCCUCGUUGACGUCGAUCCGAAUUCGAAUGGCCUUGGCUUAUCAAUGAAGCCCGAGUUGGGCGCCGCGAUCACGGAAUGCUGUCCUCGCAUCGAACAUCUGUCCCUAAGGGCUUGUGAGCGGGGUAAAAUCAAGUUCUUUGGUGA